GGGCCGGGCCGGGCCGGGCCAUGGAGCGGUUCGGCGGCGGGGCCGGGGGGUACGAGGCUGCGGAGCAGCAGCAGCUCUGCCGGCAGCAGGAGCAGCUCUCACGGCAGCAGGAGCGGCACUACCGGCUGCUCUCGGACCUGCAGGCGCUGGUGAAGGCGCUGCCCAGCCCCUGCCAGCAGCGUCUCUCCUACACGACGUUGAGCGACCUGGCGCUGGCGCUGCUGGACGGGACCGUCUUCGAGAUCGUGCAGGGCCUGCUGGAGAUCCAGCACCUCACCGAGAAGAACCUCUACAGCCAGCGGCUGCAGCUGCACAGCGAGCACCGCGGGCUGAAGCAGGAGCUAUUUCACCGGCACAAGGAGGCCCAGCAGUGCUGCCGGCCCCACAACCUGCCGCUGCUCCGCGCCGCCCAGCAGCGAGAGAUGGAGGCUGUGGAGCAAAGAAUUCGAGAGGAGCAGCGAAUGAUGGAUGAGAAGAUAGUCUUGGAACUAGACCAGAAGGUGAUAGACCAGCAGAGCACUCUGGAGAAGGCUGGUGUGUCUGGCUUCUACAUCACCACAAACCCACAGGAGCUGACUUUACAGAUGAAUUUACUGGAACUUAUUCGGAAGUUGCAACAGAAGGAAUCGGAGUCUGGGAAAGCUUUUUCCUGAAGGAAUGAAUCUGCUGUUUAUUUUCCAGAGUUUUCUUCUGACUUCCCUUUAAAGAGUAGAUCAUUAAUGUCUUUGCUUUAUAUUGUGUCAGGAAGAGGCUGCUGGCUGUAGAAGAUGUAGCUGAAGCCCUUAGAUAACCUUAGAGCUAGGGGAGACAGACCCCAGAGCAGGGGGGCAGCAUCAGGCUGCCUCUCUGGUCUGCCAAGCAUGUCCCUCUGUUACCAGAGACUCUGGAGGGUGCCAAGAUGGGCCACCUAUGGCCCCACAGCACCGGGGGAACGGGGCUGGCACUGCGGCACCAAACCAGCCCAGCCCCAUGUGUGCAGAGCAAUCCAGCCCAGCGGGUGAGCAGCGUCAUCUCCAGACUGCAGGUUCCUCUGCCGCCUCUGGGAGGAGGAGCGUCCGUGGUGGGGAAUGGGGAGGAGUGAUGGGAGGGGGAAGCAGAGGGCACUGGCCACCCGGUGCCACCUCACCCUGGCAGGUGGUUUGCAGCUGAGGAAAAGAAAGGCCAAGGCUUAUCUACAUGAAGAUCUUCUGUGUGUGUUGAGGCAGAAACAGCCUCUCCAACAGGAAGCCCCUUUCGCUGUCUGUAUUAAAGAAUAUCUUGGGCCUUUGCCUGCGGGGCUGUGACAUUUGCAGUGUUCCCUUCUGACUUGGACAGCAGAGAAGCCUUGAAAGCUUUUGCUUUGUUACUUUAAGCCAGUUUCUAAAUGGAGAAAUAAAAUAUUCUGUCCUGCA